AUGAGCAAGUCUGGCCGCUGGGCCCCCCCCGCCCCCCGCGAGCCGCCCCCGGCAGGAUCUCUCGUCCGCAGCGCCCUCUACCGGGCCGUCGGACCGCUGUCUGUGGUGCUGAAGCCUCACUCGAAGGCGCCCCUGCCGUGUCCCCUCGGUGGACAGCACCUCCAGAAGGUCGUACAAUCGGGCCGUCGAUACAUCCUCGCCCUCUUCGCUCCUCCGGCUCUGCGUGCUGGACAGAGGAGGGGCACCCGCCCAGUCUUCCGGCCAGAAAGCCCACCCAAGAAGGGGCGCCAAGACAGGAAGCAGGGUCUGCGGGGGCAAAAGGGCCCGAAGCUGGCGAUCCGAGCCCCGAAGAAGCGUUUUCUGGGGGUGCAGGGUCCCGGCCAGCGCGCGCUCGCUUCCACCUGCCGCGCCGUCGGGCGCCGCGAGGAGGCGGGGCUCGACCACUCCGGAGCCCGGUUAUCCGCGGGCGCGUCCCCGGGCUCGGGCCCGUUCCCGGCCCUCGAGGGAGCCGCCGCCUUCACCGACACCUCUGCAGCGGCCGCGCCAGAGGCCGCCCGGGCAGGACCCCGGCGUGAGCAUCGAGCGCCCCCCAAGGAGUGCACGACCCCCGGAGCCGCCCUCAGCACGGACCGCGCCCGCCGGGCACACAAGAAUGGUCACUGUAGGCCUGAUGGGGGAGGGGCCGCGGCGGCGAAGGAUGCCUCCUCCAUCCGGGCCCGGACCCCGCAGCCGCCCAGGCUAACGCAGGGCCCCAGUCGCUGGUGCUGGGCCAGGACCAGGCGGCAAGGCGUCCCCGAGAGCCCCGGGGAAGCGGGUGGCGUCGGAUCGCGCGCCCCAGGCCUCCGCCGCGCCCGGGAGCCGGGCGUCUCGUCCUCGAGCCCGUCGACCUUGCGGCAAGCGGGGAGGGGAGAGGAGGGGGCGCGCCCGGAGGCCCCGCGGGCCCGCCGCCGCCGCCGCCGCGUCCCUUUGUUUCUCGGCGCUUCUUCGCGGGCCGUAGCCUCGCGCGGGCGCCUCGGGCUCCGGGGAGGGGGAGGGGAGAGGAGGGACGGCGGGGGGGCCCCCCGGCUCCUGAGCCCCCGCCCCCCAGGGGAUGGGAUACUCGGGGCCAUGGAGUCUCAGGUGGCGGGGGGCCCGGCCGGCCCGGCCCUGCCCAACGGGCCACUCCUUGGUACAAACGGAGCCACUGACGACAGCAAGACCAACCUCAUCGUCAACUACCUGCCCCAGAACAUGACUCAGGACGAGUUCAAGAGUCUCUUCGGCAGCAUUGGCGACAUCGAGUCCUGCAAGUUGGUUCGGGACAAAAUCACAGGGCAGAGCCUCGGCUAUGGGUUUGUGAACUACUCGGACCCCAACGAUGCAGACAAAGCCAUCAACACCCUCAACGGCCUCAAAUUGCAGACGAAGACCAUCAAGGUGUCCUAUGCCAGACCCAGCUCUGCAUCCAUCCGGGACGCCAACCUGUACGUCAGCGGGCUCCCCAAGACCAUGAGCCAGAAGGAGAUGGAACAGCUCUUCUCCCAGUACGGCCGCAUCAUCACCUCCCGCAUCCUGGUGGACCAGGUCACAGGUGUCUCUCGGGGUGUGGGAUUCAUCCGCUUCGACAAGAGAAUCGAGGCCGAGGAGGCCAUCAAGGGACUGAACGGGCAGAAGCCGCUGGGCGCGGCUGAGCCCAUCACGGUCAAGUUCGCCAACAACCCGAGUCAGAAGACGGGGCAGGCCCUGCUCACUCACCUCUACCAGUCGUCCGCCCGGCGCUACGCGGGCCCCCUGCACCAUCAGACGCAGCGCUUCCGGCUGGACAAUUUGCUCAACAUGGCCUACGGAGUCAAGAGGUUCUCGCCCAUCGCCAUCGACGGCAUGAGUGGCCUGGCUGGCGUGGGCCUGUCAGGGGGCGCGGCGGGCGCCGGCUGGUGCAUCUUCGUGUACAACCUGUCGCCGGAGGCAGACGAGAGCGUGUUGUGGCAGCUGUUCGGGCCCUUCGGGGCGGUCACCAACGUCAAGGUCAUCCGCGACUUCACUACCAACAAGUGUAAGGGCUUCGGCUUCGUCACCAUGACCAACUACGACGAGGCGGCCAUGGCCAUCGCCAGCCUCAACGGCUACCGCCUGGGCGAGCGCGUGCUGCAGGUGUCCUUCAAGACCAGCAAACAGCACAAGGCCUGAGCCGCCUCCCCACCCUCCCCGGGCAGCAGAGAGAGAGAGAGAGAGAGAGAGAGAGAGGGGGCCCGAGAGAGACAGCGCAGGCAGACCACGGACGGCCGAGGGCCCGCAUCCCGGCGGGAGCCACAGGGUGAGCACUCGGGGGGUAGGGUCUGCAGGGAACGGGGGGUGCCUGGGGGUCCCCCACCCCAUCCUCUUGCCCCCACACCCCAGGCUGGGCUGUUCACUCUCUCGUCUUGGUUUUGAUCAUGGUGAUGGUUUUUGUUUCUUUUUUCGGCUCACAAGAAAGCAGAGACGUACCCCCACCCCACCCUCC